CGGACAAUAUCUCUUCCAAGAGAAGGAAACGCCAACUUCACAAAAAUCACAUUCCAAAUCAGAAACCUCGGACCUCCAACCCAGGAUCGGAGCGGAUGACGACGACGACGACGGCGGCGACGAGGAGGUGGUGGAAGCGCCGCGGCGGCGGCGGCGGCGACGGCGCGGAAGACGGCGACGACCUCAUCCCGAUGGACAUCCAAGACCAGGAGGAGAUGGUCCGGUCGCUGGAGCAGAAGCAGGCGCAGCAGAGCCGCCGGUGGAGGCGCGUCUUCGCCGGGUUCCUCCUCGGCUACGCGGCCUUCCUCGUCUACUCCGGCUUUCACCAUGCGGCGGCCCCGUGGGAACUGCGGUAUCAUGCUUAUUUCAUGGAAGAUUUGUCAUCACCGAUGGUCGUAGUUGCAGAUUGGAUAGCUGCCCUAGCAUGUUUAUUCUCAAUUAAAGGAUUACUUCACUCCUGGAAGAAGUGGAUGUGGUAUUCAUUCUAUGUCAGCAUACUAGUAGCCCUCUUCUGGACAUACUACCUCUUGAGGUUACCGAGAAUUCGAUGGGAUGUAGCAUGGCUCCCGUUUGGCCCUUUGAUUGCUUCUGCAUUGAGCCUCUAUGUGGACCACUCUAUGCUGGAGUCAAUGCAAGAUAUCAACACCUUGAGGAGCUACAUGUAUAACUACAAGGCCUUGUAGUGUGGAGAAUAUGGCUAGUUGUAUCUAUACAUGUAAUAGGUUUGCACUUUUCAUUAACUCCCGGUAUAGCUUAGAGUUCAUCUACUUCUAGUUUACUGCUAAACAAUGGAGAUUCACAGGUUUCAUCUUUGAAUGGAAUUAUUUUGGUUAAUGUAGCAUCCAUCAUUUGAGCAA